CAUUAUUCUGCUGUCAGUUCCGAAAGUCAUUGGAACAUGGUGGGUCUGAACCUGUUUGCGCGCGUGCGGGCGCGCUCCCGCUCCGCGAACUCCGCCACGGAGAACCAGCUUCUAGCCGACGAAAAGGAGUCGCGCUCGUCGUCUAAUGCCGUGACGAACAAGCGACUGGAUGCAGUUCCAGACGACGACGACACGGAGAACGUCAACCCGCAGCAACCGAACCAGCACAAGCGGCAAAAGACCGCGUCAACGACGCUCAUGUCUUCAUUUUCGUCGAAUCUGCUCAAGAAAAUGACAUUCGGCAAGACGAAGAGUGCGGAGGAUAGCAGCCCCGAGGUCGAUGGCGACGACGAUGGAAGAAGCGGACUCAGCAUCGUGGAGCGGUACCCGGACGGGAGUUACGUCGCAACCAAGUAUGGCACGGCGAUCGUGCUCCAGUACCGCGACGCCGACCGGAUGUACGUCGUGCGCACGGUGUACAACGCGGUCGCGUUCUUCCACGCGACAUGCGUCGUGCGGGAGGUCAAGUGCAUGGUUGGCGACCGCGUCAAGACCAAAUGGGGUAUAUACACAUCCCCCCUCUCUCCCUCUCUUCUUCAUGUCGUAUGUCGUCCUUCUGACCGUACAUGAUGCAGGCAUGGCCACGGUGGAGCACUACUACGUGGACGACGACAAGUACAGCAUUGCGCUCGACUGGCGCUGGGACGACGACCACGUGUGGCGCAUGAAGGCCACGACCAAGAUGUUUGACAUCCCCACGCUGGCCAGCGCCACACUCGCGUCCCGCGCGACCGCCGCGCGGGAGCUCGUGUCCAAGACAAUUGGCGACUCGUACUCGUCCACGGCACUUCGCAUGAGCUCCGUGUCGUCGUGGCGGCCGUCCCCUGCUUCGUACGUUUCCAUCAUGCGCCUCAACUCGGUCAAGGCUCCUGCGGCGGCGGUGCCGCCACCGGUAUGGUCGCCCAUGUUUGGUGAAGGUCGGUUAGAGCGGGUUCUGGACGGAGUGGCCCGCGUUCACUUUGUACGACCUGGCGCGGUGGGGUACCUUCAACAGGGGUCGUACAGUCCAUUGGAUUUCGGCACCGGGGACCUCCUUGCGACAGUGUACGGCCCCGGACGGGUGGUCCAUGUCGCCCAAUCCAUGUGCGACAACGUUCCAGUCUACCACAUCCACCUCACAUCGCAAAAUGCGAUGCUGUACGCUGUCUAUCCCCCCGUGCUCGUGAAGAAGGCGUCUCCGCUUGCCACGUCAUCGUACUCGUUCACGCUCCCCAAGUUUCACCUGCCGUCGAUGCCCCAAGCCCCGUCCUUGAUGCCAUCAAAGCAACCCCCGCGGCAUGGCAAGUACAUGGUCGGCGACGUCCUGCGCAGCCCCGUGUUUGGGCCCGCGACGAUCGUCGCUAUCUCUAGUAGUACUAGUAGUAGCCCUGUCGAUGGUGUCGUCGUCACGUGCUCGCUCGACACGUUGACCGCCGCUGCGUCGUCUGUUGUCCGGAUGUACGUAGCACUGUCGCAGAUGCCGACGACCUUUCCGGAAGGCGUCGGCAGCAACCGCCGGACCGCCGCCGCCGUUGCGUACUCGUCGCUUAUGGAGAAGACCAAGCAAGCCGUGAUCUCGUCGUCGUCAAUGCUGUCGUCCGCGAACGGCGUGCUCAAAGCCCAAGCGCUGUCGGUCAAAUCGUCGUUUGACGACUUGGUCAAAAAAGGGCCCAGGUACAGUGUGGACCAGCGCGUGAUAUGCCCGCCCUUUGGAUCGGGAUUCGUCACGGCAGUGCGGGACGACGGUGUGUACAUUGUCCGUCUGCGGAAGCUCAAGAUCACGGCGUUCUUUACCGAAGAUGCGCUCAAGCUGUUUCCGUACGACCGCGCGACGCAUGUGAUUGUCGGCGAGAACGUCCGCCCAGUGCCCAUGGAGCUGUACCAAGCGACCAACAAGAUAUCCCGCAGCGCCAUCAUCCGCGAGUCCAUGGCGUCCCAGCACAUGCACGCUAAUUUGAAGUAGAUGACGGGAAUAGAAGAUAUUUGUGUAUGUAUGUACAACGAUUGAUGCAUGUGGUUAUCGACGAGGGGGCAGGAGCGCGGCGAGCUUUUGAUCGGCCACUUGACGCUCCCGCUCGUCUUCUUUGUCCCGCGACUUGGCCGUCGAUUGCAUGAGGCGACCGAGCAGCCCGACGUUUGGCGCGAUGCGUCGAGGCGGGGCUCGGGAUGACGGCACAUUUGAGCGGGAUGAUGAUGGAUGAGAGGGCGAUGACGCACGGGGACGCUUGUGGAGGGUAUCUAGGUUGUCCUUGCUUGAUCGAUCGUGUCGGGGCGAUCUGCUGCGACGUUGCGAGGUGCUUACUGGACUUCGACUACGCGAACGCCGACGGCGGGGUUCAGGACUUGCGCUUCGAUCAUAGCGAUGGUGCCGAUCUCUUUGGAUGGACCGUCCUUCCCGUCUGCCAUUCUCCUCGUCAUCGCGGCGGCGUCGCCGCGGAGACCGCGACCCAUCGGUCGUUGCUCCUCUUGCCAUGGCUGCUUUGGGUGCGGUACUCGCACGUCCUUACAGUAUCUUAAUAUUGUGAAAAACUCAAG